AUGGGAUUACCGAUGGAUGAUGUUGUAAUGAUCCAGAAAGGGAAAAGGUCUGAUGAACCUUAUGUUAUUACAGUGAAUUGUCCAGAUAAAACCGACCUCGGAUGUGAUAUUUGCCAUAUUAUUCUCGAUUUCGGACUCUACAUUACCAAAGGAGAUGUUUCAACAGAUGAGAUAUGGUGCUAUGUGAUAUUAUGGGUGGUUCCUCACUCUAGCUCAUCUAUUGUAAGGUGGGUGAAUUUGAAGGAGCGCCUUUUGUCAGUGUGCCCGUCAUGCUCUGUUUCAUUCUAUUUGAAUGAACCAUCCCCAUGUCCAGCUUCUUCUCCUGUAUACUUGUUGACGUUUUGUAGCCGUGACCGAAGAGGAUUAUUGCAUGAUGUUACCCAAGUUCUCUGCGAGCUUGAGCUUACCAUCCAAAGGGUAAAGGUGACAACAACUCUAGAUGAUCAUGUCCUAGACAUUUUCUUUAUAACAGACCACUCUGAGCUCUUACACACAAAAGAGAGACAAAAUGAAACAUACAAGCAGUUGCAUGUUGUUCUGGGCCAAUCAUGUAGUUGUGAGCUUCAGUUAGCUGGCCCGCAGUAUGAUAAUCUUCAAUGUAUCUCUUCUCUUUAUCCAUCUGUUUCUGAGGAAUUAUUUAGCCCAGAUAUGACACAGUUGAAGAAGGCUAGUGUGACAAUAGAUAAUUCCCUGAGCCCAGGGCAUACAUUGGUUCAGAUCUGUUGUGUUGAUCACAAGGGUUUUCUUUAUGACAUUAUGCGCACAUUGAAAGACUGCAAUAUUCAGAUUGCUUAUGGUCGAUUUUCAUCAGUUAAUAAGGGUUUGAGGGAAUUAGACCUUUUUAUUAGGCAGAAGGAUGGGAAAAAGAUUGUGGAUCCAGAUAAACGAGAUGCUCUUUGUUCUCGCUUGAAGGUGGAAAUGCUUCAUCCUCUACGUGUAAUUAUCACAAAUCGUGGGACAGAUACUGAACUUUUGGUUGCUAAUCCUGUGGAGCUAGAUGGAAAGGGUAGACCCCGAGUUUUCUAUGACGUUACUCUGGCAUUGAAGACUCUUGGGAUCUGCAUCUUCUCGGCGGAAAUUGGAAGGCAUUGUACAAGUGAUCGUGAGUGGGAGUUUUACAGAUUCCUUUUAGACGAAGAUUGUAGAUUUGACAUGUCAUCUAUGGUUGGUAGAAAUCAGAUUGUAGACAAAGUCAGAAGAACAUUGAUGGGUUGGUGA